AUGGCCCCCCUGCAGAGGGCAGAGUCAUGCACAGACAUCGGGUUCACUCUCCGGCGGCAGUUCCACAAGGAAGACUUCAGACCCCAUCAGCGUGAAAUAAUCGAGGCAGCAUUGAGUGGCCAUGAUGUCUACGUCCAAGCAGCAACGUCGUUUGGCAAGAGCCUGUGCUUCCAGCUCCCCGCCGUGAUUGACCAAGGCAUUACGAUUGUUGUUUCGCCUUUAUUAAGUUUAAUGAUCAACCAAGUAGAGGCUUUGAGAGCUGAAGGUAUCGACGCCAGCUCUCUAAACAGCAACACGCCGCGUGAGGAGAGAGAUCGUAUACAGCGUGAUCUGGAGACUGGCCACCCAAAAACCAGGCUUCUCUAUGUAACUCCGGAGCUCUGUUCUGGCUCGCGCUUCCGUACAACCCUACAGCUUGUCUACAGGCAGAAAGAGCUUGCUCGCAUUGCCAUUGACGAAGCUCACUGCAUAUCGGAAUGGGGUCACGAUUUCAGAAGAGAUUUCAAGCGGCUGUCCUGGUUUCGGGAGACAUUCCCCGAUGUACCCAUCAUGUGCCUUACAGCGACAGCAAACGCCCUGGUGCGGCAGGAUAUCCUCAAGGUUCUGCGUCUCGAUGCUGCACCAGAAAAAAUUAAGACCUUUUUGAUGAGUCCAGAGCGAGGCAAUCUCCAUUUAGAAAUAAGAUAUACAAAGGACGAAGACGACAACCGUCUCUCAGACUUCUUGACAUGGAUACAAGGAGUAUAUGAUCGUAGGCGUGCCGAACCGCGGCAGAGCGAGCUGGCCAGAUUGCGCGAAAGGAUUGAGAAUGUUUCGGGCAUCAUAUAUACGACAUCUCGGGGCGAGUGCGAGUCGCUCGCGGCCAGUCUCCGAGACGCAGGAAUUGGGGCUCGACCUUUUCAUGCCAAAUUGCCCAGUGAGGUCAAAGAAGACACUUUGGCCAACUGGAUCAACAAUGAGCGGGGCUACGAUAUCAUUGUAGCCACAACGGCGUUUGGCAUGGGCAUCGACAAGGAUAAUGUGCGCUUCGUUGUCCACUGGCGGCUUCCCAAGUCCUUUGAGGGGUAUUAUCAGGAAGUCGGACGAGCAGGGCGCGAUGGCAAUGCCGGCUAUUGUUUCCUAUACUACAGCCGGGAGGAUCUCGAGCGAGCCUGCCGAAUGAUAAAGAGCGACGCUCAGAUGGAUGCAAAUUACCAGACGCGGCUAAAGAGCCUUCAGGCGUUGGCACAAUACUGCGAGAACAUAUCCGCAUGCCGACAUGCCUCUAUAUGCAAAUAUUUUGGCGAGGAAACGAUUCCAGAGUGCGACUUUGCAUGUGAUUUUCACAAGGACUCUGACGACCUUGAAGAGAGGUUUUUGAAGGGGUUGGCCAGUGAGGAAUGGGUAAGCACACAGGCGAUGCAAGGUACAUAUGACGAUUAUGAUGAUUUGUGAACUGCGCAAUUAUUACAAGAUUGGGAGAACAACAGAAUGUAGACUGGUGAUUAAAAUAGUGACAAAGCGAGUUAUGUAGACCAUAGUCGCAUAGGUAGAUUCUAACUAGAAUUAUAAUGUCGUAUUGCGCCGUAUUUUGCUGUUGGAACAUACAUACGCAGAGCAUCAGUUCUUCUUGUCCUCCUUCUCAGCCUUCUUCUCGGCAACUAGCCUAUCAAAUCUCUUCCACGAUGUCAAGCCCUCACAGAAGAUGGUAAUCUCCCACAUCCACCACACCCGAGACCACCUCGCCACGCUGUGCUUCUGUAGCCUCCAUCGGUCAAGCAGGAACGCCUCUGUCACAUGGAUCCCGAUGACCGGCCAGAAAAUGGCCUUGACAACCCACCGGAACCACUCAGGCCCUCCUGGAAACACCACCUUGAGGACCUCCCACGGGACGCUUCCCGGCUCAAGCCACGGCAAGCCAACGG